GCAAGAUGAAGCUCAGCUUUGCAAGUCACUGCUAGAUGAUUGUGCAGCUCAGGAGGCAUACAGUGAUGAUAAUGGAUCGAAUGAUAGGAAUUCUUCAAAGCUAUCGCAGAGCCAUGAACAAGUUGUUCAGCUGAAGAGCAUAGCUAAAAGAUCUGUUGCCCCUGGAGCUUUAGACGGUGGAGGAGAAAUGCAAGCAAGAGCAAGAGUACGAGUCAUGCCAAAUAGAAGGGGAAGAAAACCCAAUUCUCUGAUAAAACCGGAGGAAGGUUAUGAAUAUUCUGGGAUAACUGGACACCGAGAUUCUCACAGAAUACCUUGUAAGAAAAAGAAUCUUGGGAAAGUUAGCAGCUUACCGAGUAAUUCAUCUGCAACAGAGUCUGUUUUGCAGCCUGAACCAGAAAAGGAUGACAAGCCAAGUUCUUUUCCACCAAGAACGUCACAUUUUGACAGCAGAUGUGCUCCCAUUUCCCUAGAUCCAACUGAAGGAGGUAAAAGUCUUCAGAGAAAGAGUAGGCCAAGGAAGAAAGAGAACAUGUUUAGUCAUGAUGUUAACAUUGCUAUGUUUGACAAGGAAGGUGUUUUACUGGAAGAUCAACUUAAGAAGAAAAGCUUGCCAGGUUCUGAUGGUUGCUUAAGAACAGGAUCAGACAAAACAGAAAAUGCUGGCAAAAAACCUGGGAGAUAUUCAAGGAGGAAGAAAUCUGCUGUCUGUAACAACAUAGAGACAACCUUUGGCAUGAAGAAUGUAUUUGUAACAAAGGAAAAAGACAUGCAGAGUGAUUUGGAUGGAAAACCACUGCUUUUAUUUAGAAGGAAGGAUGGACAAAAAGGAAUGAAAGACAAAGAAAUAGAAAAAUCUGAGGGUUGCAAGAAGCCUAGAAUUGUGAAAGAGUAUGGUGAAAAAUUAAUUGGUUCAAGGAUAAAGGUCUGGUGGCCCAUUGACAGGCAGUUUUAUGAAGGCACUAUUGAUUCUUUUGAUCCCUUGAGGAAGAAACAUAAGGUUUUAUAUGUUGAUGGUGAUGAGGAGAAUUUGAAUCUAAAAAGGAAUGUUGGAUUCUGCUUGGCGGCAGUUCUUGUCACCGGUGAUGGUGGAGGGGAAACAAGUGGCUCUCAUCUUGUGGAAACUGAAGCUCAGCUUUGCAAGUCACUUCUAGAUGAUUGCAAAGCUGAGGAGGCGACACUAAUGACAAUGGAUUAG